UAACACCACGUCCUACUCAAAGAACUUAUCUUAACAUAGGACCAACGGAGGACGAUUCUACUAUUGAAGAAUCUGACAAAGAGUCUGAAAUAGAAACUGAAGAAUCUGAUAACGAUUCUAUUAUGGCUUUAGUAGCCAC